AUGAGUACAAGAACAGAGAGGGCCGGCAUUUCUACCAACUUUCAGAGGUUAGGAAAUUGCAUCCCCUAUCUGUGCCCUACGCCGGAAAACUACUAUGGACAACAAACAAUCCAAGCUUUCAAACUCGACUAUGAUCGAGCUUCCAAGUCAAUAAGUUUGCAGCACAAUGAACAAAUGAAAGACGGCAUAGGCGUGGAAUUCUCCAAAAACAUCAAUUUAUCCCCGCGGUCGAAAGCUAUUGAAGUGACUGGGUGGUAUUUCUGUCACAAAGACCUGGUCAAUUUUGACUGGGGAAAUCUCAAACCGGGAAUGGAGAUAGAGGGUCAACUUGGACUGGAAAAGAAAGGGAAAUUUCAAUGGAUCCGAGAAAAAGAAGGGCAUAUCGGCGGAAUCAAUCGGCUAUGGGUCAUACGCGGGUAUUUCAUCGGGCCUAACGAGACGAACGCUCCGCCAUGUAUCACGGUUCUAUGCGCCUAUGAAGAUGUGGCGCGGUUCUUGGUCGACUUUGUUCACUCCAGGCUACACCUACACAAAGGUUGGGGCGCAACCAUGCUGCCCGGAGUCAAGGUGUUAAAGUUUGCGUCUACUCCUCCAAACGAUGAUGACUUGUAUAAUUCGGACAAGAGCGAUGACCCUAUGUAUUUCGACGAAGAAUCACUCAACGCAACUGUCGAGAGAGGGAUGGAGAGCAACUUAAUCAGGAUUGAGGUCGGAUCCGCAAACGAACACUCUAUGCCAACCAUGACAAGCGGGGAUCUCUCUUCCUGGCAACAAAAACUCCAUCGAUGCGGUGUUCCAGUCGAAAUUGUCAGAGGACCGGAAGUCAUUGGAAAAGCGACCAUUGGUGGCCUCAUUACAGUUGGAGAUGAGGUAUACGGUCUAACAGUCGGUCAUCUCUUUUCGUCAUCAACUGAACACAACGAAGAAGCGCAGCAGAGUCUGGACACAUGGCAGGAAUGGCUAGUGUGUGGUAUGGACUUUGAUUGGGCGCUAAUCAGGAUACCAGGUCUCCAUGAAGAGGAUGUCAAGUCAUGGGAGAAUGUUAACCUUGUCCAAACAGUGAGCGGUGAAUUUCGUCCUGUCCUUGUCGCCCUGGAGGAGCCAUCUCCCUAUACUCACGUAAUCAUAGCCACUCCUGGAUCGACACGUUGUCUCCGAGGUGUCUUUAUUGGCCCUGGCGCCAUUGUUAACAUCCCAGAAUCACCGACCCCUUAUGCUACCUGGGUCUGCAGGAUGGAACUGCCAUGGCUGAUACAGCCUGGAGAUAGCGGUUCCUGGGUUCUCGAUGCCGGAAAUGGCAUGCUCAUGGGAGUUUUAGUGGCCGGCUGCCCUGAAUUGCAAGAAGCAUACUUCAUUCCCGCUCAUGAAAUUUUCGACGAUAUACGGCAACAUUAUCCAGACAGGUAUCCUGAUAUGCCUGUCAGUCUUCCCAAUUGCCAUCUACUUCCAAGAACAUCACAGAUUGACCUGAAACGUCAUAUUGAUGAAUAUGGACGCAUAGUGAAGAGUUGCCUCAACUCGCCGCAAGGGCUGGAGGAGCUUGACAACCACAUAACAAAGUGGGUUGACCAGUCCGAAACCUUUGUCGAUGUUUCUUCAUCGUUGUAUAAUCUACGAGAUGAAAGAUCAGAAUGGAAAUCUGCUCUAUCAGUUUUAAAAUACUCCAACUUAGACAAGCAACAAAAUGAUGGUUUCGACAACAGUAUGAAACAUAACCUCAGAACUGUAUUUCAACAAUCUCCGCUACGAUGUUACAACUUUCUGAACGAGAUAUUUGUGUCGGGCCAAGACUUACAACAUAUCGCUUCCAUGAAACGUUUCUGGCGAUGUUUAAUGUUGGGUUGCGUCAGCUACACCAGCAAUGACAGGGAUUUGUCCUUCGACACAGCAUCUGAUUAUAGGUCAGCGAUAAUCAGAGAGCUCAGGUUGAUGAAUAUUACGUCUAGAGACCAUUCCGGAUUUCAGUCGCCAUGGGAAAAAGAUUCCAUCGCAAAGUCGCAUUGGAAAUACAGCUUCAGACAUACAGAUUCAUUUGCCGACCAUGUCUCGGAACAUGCCAUAUUCCCAUGGGCCGAACAUGCCUCUAAACAUAUUUUCCCGAAUCCUUCUUUAAAUAAGGGGGACUGGAAGUACCUUUCAAGGACAGACCACUUGUUUCGUAUAAUUUACAGUCAUAGAACUGGAUUGCCGCCAUGGGAUAGGCUUACUGCGACGGAAGUUCUUCACACGUUACGGGGAGAUCUUCAGGACUUGAAUACCCUCCUGAAGAGAGGUGUUGAAAUAAGUCUGCCAGAGACAAAAAUGCCAGAUUCGCAAUUUGUUUCUCAGAGACUUCGAUCUGACGGUGAUAUCAUGCUAUUCGCCGUCAAAUUGACCGAAAAGAACAAUAGAUUCCUGGUUGUUCUACCACCGCCCUCUGUCGGUCCAAGUAAAUCCAUCCAGCCUUGGCCAUCAGCACGAGACUAUCCAGCGUAUGCUAGAAGUAAUCGCCAUAUUGCGUUUUCAGCUUGGAGGCUUCCAUUCAUGCUCACGGAUAAAAGCACACCUGAAGAGGAAUGCCUAGAGCUAUUGCUGUCAACGCAGCUCAAUAUCGACAUUGGCGCUCUCAAACAACGUUGGAAGCUAGACCUUCGCGAUGAGCACUCUAGAUUCUAUCUAAAAGAAUACAACAAAUACGUCGAUGUUGUUAUUUAUGAAGGUCAUGUCGAGGAUCAAUCUUUUGUUUCUCCUAAGAUGAUACAUGGCCCAACCGGUUGGAUGAUGCAAAUGAUGGAUGAGGCAUCAGCAAGAAAACACCUAUCACCUCCCUUUUCUGCCAUUCUUUAUCCGCCAAUUCCUGAUGAACAGAAUAUCAACUAG